GAGCCGCGCGGAGUCUGGGUCGGCGCGACAUGUAUGAGGGGAAAAAGACGAAGAACAUGUUUCUGACCCGGGCGCUAGAGAAGAUUUUGGCUGACAAGGAGGUGAAGAAGGCUCAUCACUCCCAGCUCCGCAAAGCCUGCGAGGUGGCACUAGAUGAAAUCAAAUCCGAGACUGAAAAACAAAGUCCUCCCCAUGGAGAAGCAAAGGCUGUUUCUGGAACUUUACCACCUGUCAAAUCAAAGGCAAAUUUUAUUGAAGCCGACAAGUACUUUCUGCCUUUUGAGUUGGCAUGCCAGUCGAAAUGUCCUCGAAUCGUCAGUACAUCCCUGGACUGUUUACAGAAAUUAAUUGCCUAUGGGCACCUUACUGGUAAUGCUCCAGAUAGUACAACACCUGGCAAGAAACUAAUUGAUCGAAUCAUCGAAACUAUAUGUGGCUGUUUUCAAGGCCCACAAACAGAUGAAGGGGUUCAGCUACAGAUUAUUAAGGCUUUGUUAACUGCAGUAACAUCUCAGCACAUAGAAAUUCAUGAAGGAACCGUGUUGCAGGCUGUCAGAACAUGCUACAAUAUUUAUUUGGCCAGCAAAAACUUAAUAAAUCAAACAACAGCCAAGGCAACAUUAACGCAGAUGUUGAAUGUCAUAUUUGCAAGAAUGGAAAAUCAAGCACUUCAGGAAGUUAAACAGAUGGAAAAAGAGAGACAUCGGCAGCAGCAACUCCAACAGUCGCCUGUGAACCAGCACGAACCUCAAUCUCCGCAGCUGAGUCGAUUGGAAGAACAGCCUGCUCUCGAACUGGAACAGGAACCUGAAGUGGAAUCAAAUCAUUCCAAUGAGGUGGACAAACGCAUCCGGGAAGAUGUCGAACCAGAAAAUGGGGCGGACAUUUGUAAUACAGAAAAUGAACAAACGGAAGUUGACCAGGCCACAGCAGCUGAAAGUUUUCCAAAAGGGAAUGCAGGUGGCAGUGAUGGGGAGGGUCUUGAAUAUGAGGAAAAUACACAUGCAAUUGUACAGAGCAUUCUACAAGAAUUGGUGACCACUGUUGUUGGAGGACCUCUUCCCACCACACAUCUAGGCGGGUGGGACGAUGCGGGCUGUGGACUCCUCCACAACCAUCCUCAAUGCUGCGGUGAUUGGCCAAUAAUAAGUGCAAUUGAAGGAGAGAAACCUGAUGGGAAUGGAUGUGCUGAAAGCACAACGAGCACUGUGGAGGAUGAAACUGUGGGUGUCAGUGAUACAGAAAAUGUUCAUUCAAAUGGAAUACCAGGGACACCAAUAUCUGUGUCAUACACCCCAUCGUUACCUGAUGACAGAUUGUCGGUUUCUUCCAGUGAUACUCAGGAAUCUGGAGUCACUUCAGGAGGUCCUACUAGUGCUAAAUUCUCCCACAUUCUACAGAAGGAUGCUUUUCUGGUCUUUAGAUCACUGUGUAAACUUUCCAUGAAACCACUCUCUGACGGCCCUCCAGAUCCAAAAUCUCACGAACUACGGUCAAAGAUCCUUUCAUUGCAACUACUUCUAUCAAUUCUGCAGAAUGCUGGACCCAUCUUUCGAACAAAUGAGAUGUUCAUUAAUGCAAUAAAACAGUAUCUUUGUGUAGCAUUAUCAAAAAAUGGUGUCUCCUCAGUACCAGAAGUGUUUGAGCUUUCACUUUCCAUCUUCCUCACUCUACUCUCCAACUUUAAGACUCAUCUUAAGAUGCAGAUUGAGGUGUUCUUCAAGGAAAUUUUUCUUUAUAUUUUGGAGACGUCUACAAGUUCAUUCGAUCAUAAAUGGAUGGUAAUUCAGACUCUGACCAGAAUAUGUGCAGAUGCUCAAAGUGUGGUGGACAUUUAUGUAAAUUACGAUUGUGACUUAAAUGCUGCCAACAUCUUUGAGAGACUGGUUAACGAUCUGUCCAAGAUCGCGCAAGGACGGGGCAGCCAUGAGCUGGGGAUGACGUCUGUGCAGGAACUUAGUCUGAGGAAAAAGGGUUUGGAAUGCUUGGUAUCAAUUUUGAAGUGUAUGGUGGAGUGGAGUAGAGACCUGUACGUGAAUCCAAACUCUCAGACCAGUCUUGGACAAGAAAAAACUUCAGAGCAAGACAACAAUGAAAACAAGCAUCCCGAAACAAUAAACCGAUAUGGGAGUAUAAAUUCCUUGGAUUCUACAGCAUCGUCAGGGAUUGGCAGCUAUAGUACUCAGACAUCCGGUGCAGACAACCCCGAACAAUACGAGGUUUUGAAGCAGCAAAAAGAAAUCAUCGAACAAGGAAUUGAGUUAUUUAAUAAGAAACCAAAGAAGGGUAUACAGUACCUACAGGAGCAAGGGAUGCUUGGCACGACACCUGAGGAUAUUGCCCAAUUUCUACAUCAGGAAGAAAGAUUAGACACGACACAAGUAGGGGAGUUUGUUGGAGAUAAUGACAAGUUUAAUAAAGAAGUCAUGUAUGCCUAUGUGGACCAGUUGGACUUUUCAUCAAAAGAUUUUGUCUCGGCUCUCCGUAUGUUCCUGGAGGGCUUCCGCCUACCAGGAGAAGCUCAAAAAAUUGAUCGAUUGAUGGAGAAAUUUGCUGCUAGAUACCUCGAGUGUAACCAAGGACAAACACUUUUUGCCAGUGCAGACACAGCUUAUGUACUGGCAUAUUCAAUAAUCAUGCUAACCACCGAUCUUCACAGUUCACAGGUUAAGAACAAAAUGACAAAAGAACAGUAUAUUAAGAUGAACAGAGGAAUCAAUGAUAGUAAAGAUCUGCCUGAAGAGUAUCUAUCGGCUAUCUACGAUGAAAUAGCAGGAAAGAAAAUUUCAAUGAAGGAGACAAAAGAGUUAGCAAUUAAAUCUUCUAAGCACAAUGUAGCCAGUGAGAAACAGCGCAGACUUUUAUAUAACCUGGAGAUGGAGCAAAUGGCGAAAACCGCUAAAGCCCUCAUGGAGGCUGUAAGCCAUGUACAGGCACCUUUUACCAGUGCUACACACUUGGAUCAUGUUAGGCCAAUGUUUAAAUUGGCUUGGACACCCUUUUUGGCAGCUUUCAGUGUGGGAUUGCAAGACUGUGAUGACACAGACGUGGCCUUUCUCUGUCUGGAGGGCAUACGCUGUGCUAUCCGGACAGCCUGUAUCUUCAAUAUUCAGCUUGAAAGAGAUGCCUAUGUCCAGGCUCUAGCCCGAUUUACUUUACUGACAGCCAGUUCGGGCAUCACUGAAAUGAAACAAAAGAACAUUGAUACCAUCAAAACCCUCAUCACCGUGGCUCACACAGAUGGCAACUACCUGGGAAAUUCAUGGCAUGAGAUUCUAAAAUGCAUCAGUCAGCUGGAACUAGCGCAGUUAAUAGGGACUGGAGUAAAGGCACGGUACAUCUCAGGCACGGUACGAGGCAGAGAAGGAUCUAUUGGUGGUUCCAGAGAUCAGGGAGCUGACGAGUUUUUGGGUCUGGGACUUGGCACACUGGUUGGUGGGACUGUUGACCGAAAGCAAAUAGCCAGUAUCCAGGAAUCCAUUGGUGAGACCAGCUCUCAGAGUGUUGUUGUUGCUGUUGACAGAAUCUUUACCGGAUCAACACGGUUGGAUGGAAAUGCUAUUGUGGAUUUUGUGCGAUGGCUUUGUGCUGUGUCCAUGGAUGAAUUAGCCUCACAAACACAUCCACGAAUGUUCAGCCUUCAGAAAAUAGUUGAGAUAUCAUAUUACAACAUGGGUCGAAUCCGGCUGCAGUGGUCUCGAAUAUGGGAAGUUAUUGGUGACCAUUUUAAUAAGGUUGGCUGCAAUCCCAAUGAAGAUGUUGCCAUUUUUGCUGUGGACUCUCUGAGACAGUUGUCAAUGAAGUUCUUAGAGAAGGGAGAACUUGCUAACUUCAGGUUCCAGAAGGAUUUCUUACGACCAUUUGAACACAUCAUCAAAAAGAAUAGAUCCCCAACAAUUCGAGACAUGGUGGUUCGUUGCAUAGCACAAAUGGUUAACUCGCAGGCUGGAAACAUUCGUUCUGGCUGGAAGAAUAUUUUCUCAGUUUUCCAUUUAGCUGCUUCAGACCAGGAUGAGAGUAUAGUGGAGCUGGCAUUCCAAACUACAGGUCACAUUGUCAUGAAUGUAUUUGCAAAGCACUUUCCAGCUACAAUAGACUCCUUUCAGGAUGCAGUGAAAUGUUUAUCGGAGUUUGCCUGCAAUGCUGCUUUCCCUGACACAAGCAUGGAAGCAAUCCGGCUCAUUCGCCAUUGUGCAAAAUAUGUGUCUGAGAGACCACAGGCAUUUAAAGAAUAUACCAGCGAUGAUAUGAAUGUAGCUGCUGAAGACAGAGUAUGGGUGAGAGGGUGGUUCCCAAUUCUGUUCGAGUUGUCGUGCAUAAUUAACAGAUGCAAAUUAGAUGUAAGAACUAGGGGUUUAACAGUGAUGUUUGAAUUAAUGAAAACUUAUGGUCACACUUACGAAAAACAUUGGUGGCAAGAUCUGUUCAGGAUUGUUUUUAGAAUCUUUGACAAUAUGAAGCUGCCAGAGCAACAAACCGAGAAAGCUGAAUGGAUGACAACUACCUGCAACCAUGCACUUUACGCUAUUUGCGAUGUGUUUACUCAGUACUUCGAAGUGCUCAGUGAUAUCCUUUUAGAUGAUAUAUUUGCACAAUUAUACUGGUGUGUGCAGCAAGAUAAUGAACAGCUAGCUCGAUCCGGUACUAACUGUCUGGAGAAUGUUGUCAUUCUGAAUGGGGAGAAGUUUUUGCCAGAAACAUGGGACAAAACGUGUAACUGCAUGUUAGACAUUUUCAAGACCACUAUUCCUCAUGUAUUGUUGUCAUGGCGACCACAGAAUUCUGAAGGUGAAGCAGCAUUGCAGAAUGAUGCUGGACAAAAACAGCUGGAUGCUAUUUCUCAGAAGUCGGUGGAUAUCCUGAGUCGGACUGAUGACCAGCAGUCUGUGACCAGUGCAGAGAAGAAUGCUUCAGAGUGGCGGCAAAGUCAGUUCAGUUUGGGUUCUAAUACCAGUGACGAUGCUGCUAAAGCCAGGACACCAACCAGAGUACCAGCGCAGAAGUUGUUUGCUGCACUUCUUAUUAAAUGUGUGGUCCAACUAGAGUUAAUUCAAACUAUCGACAAUAUUGUGUUCUUCCCAGCAACCAGCAAAAGGGAGGAUGCAGAGAAUCUGGCUGCUGCUCAGAAAGACGCAAUAGAGGUCGAUGUGCAUGUUGAAAAGCAAGACCAGGGAAUGUAUCACUAUCUGACUUCCCAACAGCUCUUCAAACUGCUGGACUGCCUGCUGGAGUCCCAUCGAUUUGCAAAGUCCUUUAAUUCCAACAAUGAACAGAGAACUGCACUGUGGAAGGCAGGGUUCAAAGGCAAAUCAAAGCCCAAUCUUCUGAAACAAGAGACUAGCAGCCUUGCUUGUGGCCUGCGCAUUUUGUUCCGUAUGUACAUGGAUAAAAACCGCAGUGACGCUUGGGUAGAAGUUCAGCAGCGAUUACUUAAUGUUUGCAGUGAAGCUCUCAGCUACUUCCUGACACUUACCUCAGAAAGUCACCGGGAGGCCUGGACGAACCUUCUACUUCUCUUCUUAACUAAAGUUCUUAAAAUAAGUGACGAAAGGUUCAAGGCCCAUGCAUCAAGGUACUACCCGUUUCUGUGUGAAAUUAUGCAAUUUGAUCUGAUUCCUGAAUUGCGAGCUGUCCUACGCAAAUUUUAUCUCCGUAUUGGCAUAGUCUUUAAAAUAUCCCAUCCCUUAGACCAAGAGCAUGGAUCAACCAAGCAGUAACCUUGACUGAGAUCUUAGCUAGACCAGUCUGUCCAUAUGUUUGCUGAAAAGGACAAGGCCUCGUUUGACUAUCUCUUCCUGCCUCAAUCCCUCCUUGAUUUUUCUGUAAAGGAUGGUGCUUAACUCUGUUGGUUUCUAAAUGCCUAAAAGAUACAGAUGAGUGAACUGUAAUCAAAGCUUAAACUGCUCUAUUCCAUUGCAUUAAUUAUCUGAAGGAUGCAAGGUACAGACAUGCGAAGCGUGGAGUCAGCUCUUCACAAUUUUGAUGUUCACACUUUGAGAAUGCAGUGUGGAGAAGUGCACUGACUCAGACUUGAAACAUGGACAGGAAGCAGUGCCUAUUGUACAGGGGAGAAAAUAUUUAAAUGAGUCCUGUGGUUUAAACUUCUGGCAUCAGAAGUGUUUGACAGUGACUAAUAUAUGUGCUCUAAGGGAACUAUAAUCUUGUAGUAUCUUUAUCAUCUUACAGGCAGGAUGAAAGGCAUAAUUGACAUUUCAUUUCUACAAUUACUAGCAAAGAUCAGUGAACAUUGUCCAGUAACUUUUUUUUGCACAGCUCAAUGACCAUCUUUCUGUAAAAUCUGUUGUACAGACACCAAUCUGUAAAGUACACAACACUAUAUAGUUCUUCCAGAUGUUUCUUUUAUUUCAUAUUUUAUGUUGUUGAUUUGCUGAUGUCGCAUAAAUGUUAUUGUUCAUUGUAUGCACUGGGGAUUAUUUUUCUUUGGCUUUGUGAAUUUUUUUAAAAAAUUCUCUUGAAUGUUGCUCAAUGCAGUUGUAUUGGAAUCGAAGGAGGUGAUGGUUAAUAGAGCAAGGAGGCACUAAGGACAUUAUCAUUGGUGCAAUUAACAGAAUGGUUACCCUGUCAGAGCUGUUUUUUUCUCUUACCUGCAUAUUACAGGCAAGGGCCUGUUUUAAAAAAAAUAUUGAUCCUCUCAACUGGAACUCGAAUCACUGCGGGCUGAUCUGAAGUGCAUCUGCACUGUCAUAAAACUGUCUCCAUGUUUGAUGUAGGUUCUGCUGUCUAUGUAUAAAAUUUGAUGUUAAAUUAAAUAUAUUAAAUAAUGAAUCAGUUGGGGCUUGGGAUGAUGAAAUGUACUGAAACCUAAUUAUUAAGAAGCUGUGAAUUGAGCUUUAAUGAUUAAAAGAUGAACACGACAGUUUCAAGCAUUCCUAGUCACUGUGGAUGUAGAAAAUAAAUAUUUGGAGGAGGUUGAAAUGUAUAUGGUACAGACAUGUAAAGUUUUCUAUGUAAAAAUAUGUACAACUUUCUGUACAAUAUUGGUUAUCAUCUGGCAUAUUCUAAUCAGGUCUUAGGUCAAUAAAGUUUUUGAACUCUC